AUGUCACAAAAUCGCGAAGAUUCCGUUUACUUGGCCAAGCUAGCCGAACAGGCUGAGCGUUACGAGGAAAUGGUAGACAGCAUGAAGGCGGUAGCGUCUUCCGGCCAGGAGUUGUCUGUGGAGGAGCGUAACUUGCUCUCCGUCGCAUACAAGAAUGUUAUCGGUGCUCGUCGUGCGUCGUGGAGAAUCGUUUCGUCGAUCGAACAAAAAGAAGAAGCCAAGGAGAAGUCCGAACACCAGGUCAAGCUGAUCCGCAACUACCGCUCUAAGAUUGAAAACGAGCUCACCAAGAUUUGCGACGACAUCUUGUCCGUGCUAGACACACACUUGAUUCCUUCGGCUACGACCGGUGAAUCCAAGGUGUUUUACUACAAGAUGAAGGGUGACUACCACCGUUACUUGGCCGAGUUCUCCUCGGGCGACGUCAGAGACAGCGCCACCAACGCCUCGCUGGAAGCCUACAAGACCGCUUCCGAAAUCGCAACUACCGAGUUGCCCCCUACCCACCCAAUCCGUCUAGGAUUGGCUUUGAAUUUCUCCGUGUUCUACUACGAAAUCCAAAAUUCCCCAGACAAAGCCUGUCAUUUGGCCAAGCAAGCCUUUGACGAUGCCAUUGCUGAGUUGGACACAUUGUCUGAAGAAUCUUACAAAGACAGCACGUUGAUCAUGCAAUUGUUGAGGGAUAACUUGACCUUGUGGACCUCUGACAUGUCUGAGGCCGGUCAAGAUGAACAACAGCCUGCUGAAGGUGCCCAAGAGUAA